AUACCUGUAAAUAACGAUCUUAUUCUUAUGGUACGAUUCAUUCGCUUUGAAUUUGACGUCCGCCCCCAGGUUCCUUUACGAUUGAAGUUGUCGAUUGACGUUGACUGUCGACGGCGUAUCUCGAUUUCAGAUCUGGCAAUCGCUCGCAAUGCUUCUUGGCACAUGGCUUUGUUUAUGUACGCUCAAAUACGUACAGAUUUCAAUCGCGAUGUCCAGCAUACCAGUGGUAGCGGCGGAGAAAAUAGUUGAAGAUGCUCAUUCAGUGGGGACUCACCGAGCUGUCAAUAGGAAGGACUACGAAGCUGCGCUGUCACCGAUCCUACAAAGU